UUCACUCGUGAUUACGAAUUCAUCAAGUGACUCACUAUCGUCUCACCUCUUUCACCAACCGUUGCCCCAAUCGUGAGGACAUUUCAGUGUUCAUCAGAUAUUCUCAGAGCUAAAGCCUUGAAAUCGGGAAAAUUCUAGUGAUCCAUAAACACCAUGGAACCCACGAUUUUCUUGAAAGUGAUGUUCCUCUUGGCGAUGGUGAUGGCCGUGAUACCGGGGAAUACGGCUACGAUCGCGGAACCCAAAGCCCCCAAUUUUCAGUACUUCGAAAGGCCGAAGUAUCGUUACCCGUAUUACGAUGAGAAUGGCCGGGGAAGAUUGCUGUACGGAUACGGUGGCCCAGAACUCUAUCAAUACCGCACGUACAGCGCUCUGGAAGGCAUCCAUUAACAAGACCAAAUUUCCCCUAAUGAAUAGAUUAAAUGGAUGAAUGAAUUAACCAGAAUAGUUUAGAAUAGAUCCAGAAAACCCGAAUUAAUUAUUAUUAAUUCUAAUAACUUAUGAAUGAUUCCGUUAUAAAUUCCAUCGAUUUAUUCACCAAUAAAUAAAUCAAUGUGUCAAAUUUCCUGGAAUUUGUGCAAAUCUGAAAUAAUAAUAAUGUAUUGAAUACAAAUCGAGUUGAAUAACUCCAAUAAUAAUUGAACUGCUCUUCAUUUUAUAUUUUCUUUUAUUUCCCAAUUCUCCAUUUUUAAUUGACUUAUAAAGAAAACACAAUAUUUAUAUUCAAGUCGAGAAAUACGGUUAAAAUUCAGUGAUCCUGUACAGAUAGCAAAUAUUUAGCCACGAUUUAUAAAUAGAAAUUGACAAUUAAUUAACAAAAACAAAUAUACUUUAAUGAGUGGAUUGAAUCGAUUAAUAAAUUAACUAGAGUAGUUUAGAGUAGUUAUAGAAACCCAAAGGGGUAAUUAUCAUAAAUUAUUAUCAAUUUAUCAUCACCAUUUAUAAAUUAUAAUAAUUUAUGAACAGUUCCCUUAUAAAUUUCAUAGGAUUUGAGAGAAUCUGAAAUAAAAAUAAUGUAUUGUAUGCAAAUCGAAAUGCUCUUCAUUUAAUAUUUUCUUUUAUUUACCAAUUCUCCAUUUUUCAUUGACUUAUAAAGAAAACACAAUAUUCAUAUUCAAGUCGCGAAAUGCGUUUAAAAUUCAGUGAUCCUGUACAGAUAGCAAAUAUUCAGCCACGAUUUAUGAGUAGAAAUCGAUAAUUAUUCCCUCCACUGAAUGAUACAUUUGUCAAGCCUCUCUGCACCGACAAUUUGUCCCGCCACCUGCCGAACAAUAUCGGUGGAGAUAGGCCCACAUUUACAUAGCACCAAUUCCGAAUGUUGAUAAUAUUUUUGUAAUCACAGUUGAGAAUCACUAAUUCAGCCCUUCAUCAUCAUUCAGAUAUUCCAA